AUGUCAAACAACAAUAAUAGUAAUAAUUCAACACAUAAAUUAGUAAAUCUACCACAUAUUCUAUUAUCAAACAUUGUUUAUAAUUUAACAGAUAAUAUCGAUAAGAUUUUUUUUAGUUUAGUUUGUAAAAGAUGGUUUGAAGAUAGAAAUAGAUAUCUAUUGUUUGAUACCAAUACUUUAUAUCGUAUCGAAAAAUAUAAUUCAAGAAUCAAAUUGAAUUCAUAUAGAUCGAUAAUAUUUGAAUCACUCAACAAAAAGAAACAGUGUAAUAUGUUAGUCAAUCCAAAAACAUAUUAUUUUGAGCGUUAUGAUCAAAUAAUGGAUUAUGAUUCAAUUGAAAGUAUUGAUGAAAUAGAUCAAGAUAUAGUGGAAGUAACAAUACGAAGCAGUGAAUUUGAAUAUAGAGAAGACUCAGAUAAACUAUUGGAUCGACUCUAUGAUUUGAUUAGUAAAUCUAAUAUCACUAGUAUAAAGGAUUGUCAGACAUUAAAGUAUGUUCCAGCGAAUAUCACCUCACUGGUCUUCGAUUCUACUUUUAAUGAAGCGUUGUUCAAAGGUUGUUUUCCACCCAACUUGAAGAAUCUGAAAUUCGUUGGCAAUAUCUCUAACUCUUGCGAUUUCAAAAAGGAGAUUGGUGUAGGUGUGUUACCUGAUACAUUGGAGAGUUUCGAGAUGUUUAAUAUCUACCAAAUAUUGGAGCCUGGAGUAUUACCAAUAUCAUUAAAGAUUCUUAGAAUCUUGGGUGAUUCAGAACCUGGUAACUAUCUCAAAGUUGGAUCGUUACCACCAAAUCUACAGGAGUUCUUUCAUAAUGGCAAAGAUUUUAAUAUUGAUUCAGACGUUCUACCAAAUUCAUUGAUCACACUUGAGAAUGUUCCUGUGUCAUGGAUGAAUUCAAUCAAGCAACUCGAGAAUCUUAGAUCACUAAUGUUGGUAGGAUAUUCUGGUAAGGUAGCGGGAUUCAAACAAGAAUCUCUUGAUGGCUUGAAUAUCAAGAGAUUAUGUCUCAAUAGUUUCCCUUACAGAGAGAGACCAGAUACACAUAGAGACAUUCCAUUUGGUGUUGAGACACUUGAGCUACUUUACCACAACAAGAUCAAUCAGAAAUCACUUCCAUCAUCAGUGAAAACACUGGUUGUUGAUAAUAUGCAAAAUUUCAUACGCCCAGGUAUGAUACCAAACUCUGUGAAUCAUCUUAUCAUUCUAAAUAGCGCUACCAAUAAUAUAGAAGAAGGAAUUCUCCCAGACUCUGUUCAAAACAUUGAAUUGAAACAACUUUUAUUUCCAAUAACAAAAAUGGUAAACAACAUUUCAUUCAAUGUCGAUGAUGAUACUAAGUUUUCGUUUCGAAAACUUGAUGAUCAAUAUUACAUUGUGUUUGGUCAUCAAUAUGAUCGGUUCAUUGCAAGACUAUUCCACAAAUCAAUGUUUUUAGAAGCAGAUAAUGCUGUAGAAACACUAAAAUAUAAAAUAUAA